AUGUGGUUGAACCAAUCAUCUAUAGAUGGCUUCAUCCUCUUGGGCAUCUUUUCCCACAGCCCAGCUGACCCUGUCCUCUUCUCUGUGGUGAUGGUGGUGUUCACAGUGGCCCUCUGUGGGAAUGUCCUCCUCAUCUUCCUCAUCUGCAUAGAUCCCCGACUUCAUACGCCCAUGUACUUCUUCCUCAGUCAGCUCUCCCUCAUGGACCUCAUGUUGGUCUGUAACAUUGUGCCAAAGAUGGCAGUCAACUUUCUAUCUGACAGGAAGUCCAUCUCCUUUGUGGGUUGUGGCAUACAAAUUGGUUUUUUUGUGUCUCUUGUAGGAUCUGAGGGGCUUUUGCUGGGACUUAUGGCUUAUGACCGCUAUGUGGCCAUUAGCCACCCACUUCACUAUCCCAUCCUCAUGAGUAAGAGAGUAUGUCUCCAGAUUGCUGCUAGUUCCUGGGCCUUUGGGAUAUUAGAUGGGAUGAUCCAGAUGGUAGCAGCCAUGAGUUUAUGUUACUGUGGCUCAAGGAAUGUGGACCAUUUCUUCUGUGAGGUGCCAGCUUUAUUGAAACUGGCCUGUGCAGAUACAUCUCUUUUUGACACCCUGCUCUUUGCUUGCUGUGUCUUCAUGCUGCUCCUUCCCUUCUCCAUCAUCAUGGCCUCCUAUGCUCGCAUCCUGGGGGCUGUGCUCCAAAUGCACUCUGCUCAGGCCAGUAAAAAGGCUCUGGCCACCUGUUCCUCCCACCUAACAGCUGUUUCCCUCUUCUAUGGGGCAGCCAUGUUCAUCUAUCUUAGGCCUAGUCGCUACCGGGCUCCAAGUCAUGACAAGGUGGUCUCUAUCUUCUACACAGUGCUCACUCCUAUGCUCAACCCCCUCAUUUAUAGCUUGAGGAACCAGGAGGUGAUGGGAGCCCUGAGGAAGAUGGUGCAGCGCAUUCAUGCAUCAUAA